AGGGCCCACAACUGGACUCGGGAUGCCGGCUGGCUCUCUGCCUCUACCUGUGUCCUGCUGUGUGUCUUCGGGCAAGUCACUGCCCCCACCUGGGCCUCCGUGUCGCUGUCUGGGACACGGCGCUCACUGCGGGCUCUGCGGGCUCAUGAGGCCUCAGACUCCCAGAACCUUGCCCUUCACUCUGUCCUGCCCGGAGUCCUGUCAGCUUUCCAUCUGCCGCCGGAAAGCAAACCUGAUCUGCGUCACUACUUUGCUGCUGCAAACCCCUUGCUCUGGGGCUGGAGACCAAGUUCCUGAGCAUGCCUUCCAGAAUCUGCAGAAUAUCCUUAACAUGCCAGUGCAAAUUCGGGCCCCUGUUGCCUUCCUGGCCUCCUCCAGAGACUCCCCACCUCCCUUCCUGAGCUCCAGUUACACCAACCUUCCUCGUGAGCCAAGCUCCUUCCUGUCUCACUGCCUUCACCCAGACUGCUCCCUCUGCCUGGAACAUUCCUCUCCAGCCCUUUCCCUGACCGACUUUCACUCAGCCUUCUAUCUCAGCUCCAGUAGAACUGCCUCAGGGCAGCCGCCGCCCUCACCCCCGCCCCAAAGGGGUUCCCAUAUCACACAUGCUUACCCUCACCUGCACUCUCCCUCAUAGCGUGGAUUAUGUUUGCUACUUAAUGUUCAUCUCUCAAAUCCAGCCAUGGACUCGGUGGGGGUAGGGACCAUACCGGUCAUGUUCACCUUGGUGACAUCACAGAGCCGGCCACAGUAGGCGCCCGACGCAAUUUCACCAAACUAGGGAGGGUGUCUGUAGGAAGACGGAGAAAACUUUUGGGUGGGCCCAUGGCGUCUCCACCUUUCAAGGCUCGAUCUUUCCCCAGGCUCUGGCCUCCUUGCUCCACAGCCCCCACGGGGACGCCCCACGCCCCACCGUGGCCCCCACUGGGAGGCUGUGAGCUCAAGGCGCCCGUCAUGUCUGUCCACCUGGCUCCCGGCACCAGACACAGUGCCUGCCUGUGUUUACCCCAUAAAUGGGAAAGUCCAUCCAA